CACCGUCAUAAAUCUCGAAUCCUUGAAUUCCUUUCGAAGUUUGCUAGGGUUCUUCGACAAGAUAUCAAACCCUAGAAGCAUCCCCCUCGAAUCUUCAAGGUUUUGAUUGGGUUUUCUGUUGAUCAGCGGUUUAGGGUUCGAGUUGUUGCCACAAUGCCUCGGUACUACUGUGAUUACUGCGACACCUAUUUGACUCACGAUUCACCUUCUGUCAGAAAAACAGCACAAUGCCGCUACAAGCACAAGGCAAAUGUGCGUACCUACUACCAACAAUUUGAAGAACAACAGACACAAAGUUUGAUUGAUCAAAGAAUCAAGGAGCAUCUUGGGAAUGCUGGAGCCUUUCCACAUCAAGUUGGUGCGACAUUUAAUCAACAUCUGAUGUCUCUUCAGUCUAAUCCCCAGAGACCUCGCCUUCCAGUUAUGCCUCCACCCCUUUUGCAUCCUGGCGGCCAGCCACCUCUAAAUCAAGGAUUGCUGCCAGGAGUCAGGCCCCCAGUUCUGCCGCGGCCACUUAUUCCAGGCUAUGGAGCUCCUCCAACUAUUCCUCUCCCCAACAUGCCACCAGGUGCUCUUCCCAGGCCACCAACAUUGAGUCCUCCUGUCACUGGGGGAGUUCCUACUGCAACGUCAUCGAGUGUCAUUCCAGGAAGCUUUGAUGCCUUCAAUUCUGCCGCAGCAUCAGGGUUUCAGAGGCCACCAACUAGUGUACCCGGUGCUCCUGGAGCUGCAACGACAUCUCAGGAUGGAUAUACAUAUGGCCAGGCAUCAGAAACCAGCCAUUGAUUUGCACCAUGCUCAGCGUUAUUCAUUACUUCUCAAUAGGUACUUCAGUAAGCAAGUGUGAUUCGACGCUGACUAAUGGUAAUUACUACAUUGAUGGUGGGCGAAUAGUUUUUUUUAACCAUAUGUAUCAGUGAAAUGAAUCCAAUGUCAUCAGUUGAAAGAGUUGGUUGGUUCCAAGUGCUCACUGUUGUGUGGCAAAACUUUUGAAAUCAAAAAGUGGGCUGGUUGCAUACAUUCCUUUUUUCUUGUAUCGACGACAGUUACAAAUUGUUGUUUCUGCA